AUGCCUGCGGAUAGAGACCACAGAAGUUUCCUAGAGGACUGGCCCCGGGUCAGCAAGUUCGUACUGUCCGCUUUUGCAGCGUCGGUUGCUGAGUUAGUGACGUUUCCGCUAGAUCUAACGAAAACCCGCCUACAGAUUCAGGGAGAGGCGGCACUGAAGCAGCAUGGGGGGGUGGGAUCAGCAAUUCCAUACAGAGGGAUGGUGCGGACUGCGAGAGGCAUCGUGCAGGAAGAAGGCUUGCUAAAGCUUUGGCAAGGAGCUACUCCAGCUGUCUAUAGGCACAUUGUCUACUCUGGAGUGCGCAUGGUGGCCUAUGAGCAUCUUCGGGAUUCUGUGCUUGGAAAAAGGGAUGAUGACACUUUCCCUUUAUGGAAAGCUGUGGUUGGUGGAAUGACAGCUGGAGCGAUUGGGCAGUUUUUUGCCAGUCCAACUGAUCUGGUAAAAGUUCAGAUGCAGAUGGAAGGAAAGAGAAGACUAGAAGGGAAGCCACCUCGGGUGCGAGGAGUAUAUCACGCUUUUGUGACAAUCGUUUCUAAAGGAGGAAUACGGGGACUGUGGGCAGGAUGGGUACCGAAUGUUCAGAGAGCCGCUCUGGUAAAUAUGGGAGAUCUGACAAUGUACGAUACAGCGAAACACUUUCUACUACGAAACACACCUCUUACGGACAACAGUUUAUGUCACACCAUUUCCAGCAUAUGCUCAGGCGUAGUUGCUGCUACUCUAGGAACGCCAGCUGAUGUUAUCAAAACCCGGAUAAUGAAUCAGCCCAGAGACAAGCAUGGACGGGGGCUGCUGUACAAAUCCUCUACCGACUGCCUUAUUCAAGCAAUACGUGGCGAAGGCUUCAUGUCUCUCUACAAAGGCUUUAUGCCUACAUGGAUGAGAAUGGCUCCUUGGUCUUUGGUAUUCUGGCUGACGUAUGAACAGAUCAGAAGACUUGGAGGAGUUAGUUCAUUCUAA